AUGGCUGAUGAUGCAAAUGAAAAGAGAUCGGACUUGAUCGUCAAUUCUUCUCAGAACGAAGCUCUUGGGCAGACGAAGCAUGUACACGAUGAAAAGACUCCAGACCUCGGCUCCGAUAAUCGGCCUGCGGACGAGAGUGCCAGCUUCAACGAGGAAGGAGAUGCUGAAUCAGUGGAUUCAAAGGAUGAGUUGAAGCUAUCCAAAGGCCGCUGUAUAGCUCUCGUCUGCACCGUAACUGGAGCUUCUUUCCUCAACACCCUCUCAAGCCAAAGCGUCGUUAUCAUCCUCCCGCAAAUUGGCCGAGCCCUCGACGUGCCCGACACGAGACUACAAUGGGUCGUCUCGUCAUAUGUCUUGACGUUCGGAUGCUUCUUGUUACUCUGGGGUCGUAUUGCAGAUAUCUACGGCAAGAGACUUAUCUUCAUCCUGGGGUCUUUCUGGGUUACCAUCUGCUGUGUUGUGAACGCUUUUAUUCCCAGCGAGAUUGCAUUUGACUUGUUCCGUGGUCUUCAUGGAUUGGGCGCUGCUGCUAAUGUCCCAACUGCCAUUGGUAUCCUGGGGACUACAUUCCCUCCAGGCAAGGCAAAGAACUAUGCCUUUAGUGCAUAUGCUGCUGGUGCCCCCCUCGGCAGCGUCUGCGGCAACCUCGUCUCCGGCCUUAUCGCCCAAUGGGCCAGUUGGAAAUGGGUCUUCGGCGCCCUCGCCAUAAUGGCCGGCAUGAUCGCCGUGGCCGGCAUCUUCUGUAUCCCACCGCCGCCGCCCGAGCUCCAGCCCGCCCGCGACAACCUCCGGGCCAAGACGGCGGCCAUCGACUGGAUCGGCGCCACGCUCAUCACAUGCGGCCUCUUGGCGUUGAUGUUUGCGCUCACCGAGGGAAACAUCGUUGGGUGGACUGCACCGUGGAUCCCAACGCUUAUCGUUGUUUCGUUUGGUAUCAUUGUCGCAUUCUUCUUCUGGCAGCGUUAUCUCGAGCAGAAGACGACCCGGCCUCCACUUGUCAAAGUGUCUAUUUUUAAUAAUCUGCGCUUUACGGCUGUUAUGCUCAUCAUGGGUCUGUUCUUUGGCGGUUUCAACAACUAUCUUAUCUACGCUACGUACUACUUUCAGGACUACCAGGGGCUUUCACCGCUACAGACCAUGCUGCGGUUUAUUCCUACUGGUGUCUGUGGGUUCGCCGUUGCGUUUGCUACGGCGCAUCUUCUUGGACGGAUCCCGACUUUCUUCAUCCUCGCCCUCGGCCAUGUCGCCGUUUGUAUCGCCGCGGUUCUCUACGCGGUACCUAUUCCCCCAACAACGUCGUACUUUGCCUGGGGCAUGUGGGCCAUGAUUCUCUCCGUGGUUGGAGCCGAUACAGCCUGGCCUUGCCUCACGCUCUUCACAUCUCAUGCCCUUCCCCGAGAGGACCAAGCUAUCGGCGGCGCUCUUAUUAAUGCAUCCGGCAUGAUCGGCCGAGCUAUUGCUCUGGCUAUAGCCACGGCCAUUCAAUCAGCCGUCAUGGCCAAAGAAAGAGGUGUAGAUGUGCAGCAUGUCGGUUCAGUCAAAGAAUGGGAUGCUCCAUCUCUGAAAGGUCUUCGUGCAGGAGCUUGGACGAACUUUGGGAUCUUGUUUCUGGCGCUUGCGCUGGUCGUGUACACAUUCAGGGGCAUGGAGAUUAUAGGCAAGAUACCUGAUCGUCCUGAAAGAUCUGAGGGGGUGGUUAAUCAGGGGGCUACGGAUGUGGAUGUGGAAAGACGAGGGCAGUAG